CGUGAAACAAAACAUACACAAACUAAAAAGGCACAUCAAGGGGGUGAGGAGAGAUGCAUUAAUUUGAAAUGUAGAUGACUCUUUAAUAUUUACAUAUUUGUUUUAGGAUAAAAAUAUUCUUGGUUUUGUUUGAAGGUGUUAAUAACGUUGUUUACCAUUCAACAAGGGAAACACACUCAAAGGAUAUGUUUCCAUGUUGCAAAACUCUCUGUCAUUGCUUUCCCCUAAAGGGAUAAGGAGCGCCAUGCUUGAAAGGCACAAUAGCAGUGGUGGACAAGCUGAGGCUGGAGAGCCUGGAGGUCGAUGAUUGUAAUCCUGACAGGAAAAGUGUUGAGAUGCAGCAGAUCGUGUUGAAGCUGCUGCAGCAGUAGAGCUGCAAAGAACAGUGGCAGAGAUGCAGGGAACUGCCUUCACACAGUCUGUCUUUCUGUGUAUCUGCUCCAGCUGGCUCCCUGAUACACACACACACACACACACUCUAGCAUACUCACAUAGUAGAAACAACACCCUUGCAUUUUGAAAACGACAAUGAGUACUCGCACUCAAGCACACAUGCCCUUGCAAACAUUGCACACAUCAUGCCGUUCUUCAUCUGCUGCUGCUGUCAUCCACAUCAUUGUCCUCUCCAUCCCUCCAUCCAUCAGUUCUAUUAUUAACCCACACACACACAUACACAACUACAUCUCUGUGCCAGUACCCCCAUCUUUGGAACAGACAAUGAGGCGGCAUCACUGCAUUUGUUCACUCUCCAUCUUUUCCUCCACUUUGCUAUUUUCCUCUCUCUCUGUCUACCCAUCUUUAAAUUCAUCACUUUCUAUCUCCCCAACUCUCUCCCUCUAUCUUCCUCUUUAUCAAUGCCCGUUGCUUUCUCAUUUGUCGCCCCGGUCCCCAUGCCCAUCUCCCCGUCUCUUCAUUCUCUCUCUGCCUCUUUCUGUCCAGGCCCAGGACUUCUAUGUUGAGAUGAAAUGGGAGUUUACCAGCUGGGUACCCCUGGUGUCUCGUAUCUGCCCCAGCGACACCUACAGAGUUUGGAAGAGUGGUCAGUGUCUCCGUGUUGACACCACCCUGAUGGGCUUUGAACAGAUGACCUGGCAGAGAGGAAACCGGAGCUUCAUUUUCAGGGGACAAGACUCCAGCGCAGAGGUGAUGGAGGUCGACCAUGACAGGCAGCUGGUGUUCUGCGAGACCUUAUGCGUCUCGUCUCUCACAGCGCUCUCACCUGGUCGGGGGAAUGGUGGCGCCUCCAGCAGCAACGCCGCCGGUUUGGGCCUUCUGGGGGCGAUGCAGCCCAGUGACGAGCAGGUAGCAGCCAGGCUGUCGGCCCCUGUGGUGACCACUCAGCUGGACACCCGCAACAUCGCCUUCGAGAGGAAUAAGACGGGUAUACUGGGCUGGAGGAGCGAGAAGACUGAGACGGUGAAUGGAUAUGAAGCCAAGGUGUACGCAGCAUCCAAUGUGGAGCUGAUCACCAGGACCAGAACUGACCAUCUGUCAGACCAGAACAAGAACAAGACAAAAGGUGGGAGGACUCCACUGCAGAACUUCCUAGGGAUUGCUGAGCAACACAUGGGGCCUAACAAUGGAGCCCUGGUGACCCAGAUGUCGUGUCCUGUGGUGACCAACCCUGCAGCGCUGACAGCCGAGGAAUACUUCAACCCCAGCUCGUCACCGACUCAGAGGGACAUCGGCCACGCGUGCCAGCUCACCACCAAGACCCAGAGAUUUAAAGCCAAGCUGUGGUUGUGUGAGUCCCAUCCUCUGUCCCUGGCAGAACAAGUGGUGCCUAUCAUUGAUCUCAUGGCGAUCUCGAACGCCCUGUUCGCUAAGCUGCGUGACUUCAUCACUCUGCGCUUGCCGCCUGGCUUCCCUGUCAAGAUCGAGAUCCCUCUCUACCACAUCCUGAACGCCAGGAUCACCUUCAGCAACCUGAACGGCUGCGAGGAGGGGACGGGCGUCCGUGCUGAUAGUGAAGUGGGGGUGGAGGGGGACGGACACAGGGACCCCCCGAGGACAGAUACCCCAUCUCCGAGCAGUGACUCCUCCAGUGUCUCCAGCUCCAGCUCCACCAUGUCAUGUCGAGCCGGAGAGAUUCCCCCAUGUGUGUUUGAGGCCCCGCCUGGAUACACCAUGCUAGGAGGCAAACAGAGAGACACCAUGAGGGAGGAGGAGGAGGACCUGCUGCAGUUCGCCAUACAGCAGAGUCUGCUGGAGGCUGGCUCCGAAUAUGAUCAGGUGACCAUCUGGGAGGCACUGACCAAUAGCAAGCCAGGAACACACCCCCUGCCCUGUGACCCAAGUCGUCUGGAGAGGACCCCCCAACACAAGCCCCGCCCACCCUCCAGCCUCUGCUCCACCCCCUCCAAGAAGAAGCCCACCACCUGCAGCUAUGACGAACAGCUGCGCAUCGCCAUGGAGAUCUCAGCUCGGGAGCAGGAAGAGGCAGAGCUUCGGCGGCGGCAGGAGGAGGAGGAGCUACAGCGCAUCAUCCAGCUGUCACUCAUGGAGAAAUGAGAGCUGAGUGGCCCAGCAGGGGUCUGAAGGGAGGGGUCUGGACCGAGGACACGUGGGAGAAAAGGGCAGCACAGGUUACUUUAAAACUUAAAGCACACUCUGUAAGUGGCUGGAAAUAAAUGCCAAAAUCAUCUUAGUUGUUUCAUACGAUCGACUGGCCUCCUCCUUUCUCUCCCAUCGCCUUAGUCAGACCUUUCCCAUGAAGCCAUACAGUGAUGUGGCUGUCCGGCCUCAGACAGCCAAAGAGGGACGUCAGUUUCCUCUUUCUGGUGCCACAUGGUACUUUCUUGACCAGUGCCAGUUUACAACCAAGAAUACAUCCAAUACAACAAAUUUAGCGGAAUGCCUCCUUGGAUGAGUGAUUUCUGUUUGUAGGUAUGUGUGUGUAUCUGUGUGUGUGUUUCAAAACCAGCUCUCCGCACAGGGGUCAACAGAUCACCCUCUGUCGUGAAAAUGUAGUGCGUUAGGCCAACUCUCUGCUCAAGCACUAACACACACGCUCACUGAGUCCUUUUGCCACUGAGUUGUGUGGUUUUCAGUCUUAACUGUGAUUAAAAAAACAGCUUGUGUGAAAGGAGCAGUGACAAGCCAGGACCAGUGGUGUGGUGGAGAAUACUGUAACCUUCUAGGUCAAGUUGAGUUGAAUGUCAACAAACCAUCUGACUUCCUCGGUUUUUAAUGAAAAAAAUAAAAAAAAUAAACAGACUGGUACAUUUUAUUUGUUUUGCACAAAAUUCAAAUGUACUGUAUUUAGCUUGUGGGCGGAUCACAUAUAUGACUGUUAAUGGAUGUAGAUGACGAGCACAGAUUAAACUCAGGCCAGUUCUAGUUUUAGCCUGACGUUAGACCACAGGAGCACAGAUAUGAUAAGAUGUGAUGAAGACUUCGUGUACUAACUAACCUGUAUGUGACUGUGAAUGAGUUUGUGGCAGGCCUGUGUGUAAUACAAACAAUAAAGGGACAUGAUUGUGGUUUGUGGAAUAGAAAUGUUACUGAAAGAGAUUUUUCUGUAUAUUUACAUCUUCUCACCAUACAUGAGCGGAUGGUUUCUGUAUUUCUGCGUAGUCACGGUACAGUAUGUGUACAAUAUUUCAGUAUGGUCUGCACCCGUGUGAGGUCCAUUUUGUCCGACUUGAGUCUAGCCCAGAGACCUGCAAUAUCAGAGCACACUCUCUGAGGGAAAAUGUACCCUGGAAGAAUCACUGUAGAGGCUAUUGACAGCAAUUUUAGGUUUUAUUGCACCCCCAUAGCAAGUUGGUUCCUCAACACGACAUGCUGAAAACAAAAGCAAAUCUAAAAUCGCCCCAAAAUAACAACAAAUGUGGAGCUUUCAGUUCUUGCAAUGGAAAGAUCUUUCAAAUCCUGGCUCUCAUAAUUGUAAGUAACUUCAGAUUGCAGGGCUCAAGGAAAACCAAACACUGAGAAACAUGGUUUGUUGCAAGGGGUGAGGACAGAUAGGGACAGCUUGUUUCUUCUUUUUUUUUUUUGUCAUUUUCUUUGUAUUAUUUCUUUGAAAGUAAUGUAAAACUUUCACACUUCAAUAUCAGCACAAACUGAGGAGAGCCCCCUCUGGCUCCUCUCCAAUUCAGAAUUAAGCUUGCCUGGUUGAUAAGAAUAGUAUUCAUUUUUUUACUUUUUAAAAAAUGUUGCAGAAAAGAGACGCAGCAAGAUGUUUUCAUGGUGUAUGCUGGGAAGUGAGUUCAGAUAAUGAUUCAAAUAAAGAAACAUCUUUUGGAACAGCAA